CAAGGUAAGAAAACCCUAGAUACGAGAGACCGAGAGCUCUAACAGCUAGUACCGUUUUUUGCAAUCACCGGAGAUUAGAGUUUCUCUUUGCUCCUUGUUGAUUUGACAAUGGCAACUGGUAGGACCGUCAAAGACGUCUCGCCUCACGAGUUCGUGAAGGCUUAUGCUGCUCACCUCAAGCGAUCUGGCAAGAUGGAGCUUCCUUCUUGGACUGAUAUUGUGAAAACAGGCAGAUAUAAGGAGCUUGCUCCUUAUGACCCUGAUUGGUACUAUGUCAGAGCUGCAUCCAUGGCAAGGAAGAUCUACUUAAGGGGAGGUCUUGGUGUUGGUGCUUUCCAGAGGAUUUAUGGUGGAAGCAAGAGGAAUGGAAGUCGUCCGCCACAUUUCUGCAAGAGCAGUGGUGCUGUUGCUCGAAACAUUCUUCAACAGUUACAGAAUAUGAAUAUUAUUGACCAUGACCAGAAAGGUGGGAGGAGAAUCACAUCCAGCGGUCAAAGGGAUCUGGACCAAGUUGCUGGGCGGAUUGUGGUUGCUCCAUGAACAGCUAAUGAUUUCUGUGAUGCUGAGAAUUUUGAUAAUUUUUAGGUUUCAGUUGGAGUGAUGUGAUUGGUACUAGAGCCUAUAUGUUUAAGAACUUUUUGGUUGAGCAGUUCCAAGAUUAUUAUUUCUGUGAUGUUAUUUACUUGUUGACGGUAUCAGGUAUCAUAUUUUUCUUAUUAACAAUAGAGGCUAUUUGUUUCAGACCA